AUGACAGUAGCGAACAACACGGUCUGGGAAUAUACCCGCGCCGGCCGACUCUCAAGCACCAUCGCGCAAGCGGCGCGCGCUAUUCCCGAGCCCGGCCCCAGCGAGCUAGUCAUCCAAGUCCGCGCGGCUGCCCUCAACCCCGUCGACGAGCAACUCGCGCAAUCUCCACCCUCCCUCCUCUCCUUCCUGGGCUGCGCCAUCCCCUCCCCUUCCAAGCCACUCGUCCCAACCUCCGACUUCGCGGGCGUCGUUGUGGCUUCCAAGAGUGCAGCCUAUGUGGUUGGAGACGAGGUAUACGGCCAGCGCUUUAGCGCAGACGGUAACGGCUUCCUGGCCACAUAUGUCAAAGUCGAGGCAUCUGCGCCAUUUGUCAAAAAACCCAAGGGCCUGGGAUGGACCGACGCAGCAGCUGUCCCCUUGGUGUAUACUACCGUCUACGAUGCGCUGGUGGAAUGGGGCCGCCUCUCAAUGGGAGGGGAGGAGGGACUCAGCGUCCUGGUCCUUGGGGGAAGUAGUGGGACUGGUCAUGUUGCCGUGCAGAUGGCCAAGAAGAUGGGGUGUAAUGUAGUGGCAAGCUGUUCGGGCAAGAACGCUGAGAUGGUCAAGAGCCUAGGCGCUGAUGAGAUUAUCGACUACACUACCCAAAACGUACCGCAAGCCGCCCUCAUGUCGCGGUACGCUCCAUACGCUGUCGUCCUUGACUGCGUUGGUGGAACUGAUCUCCUGCCCGAUCUCGAUAAUUUGCUUCUCGACAGUCCACAACGGCCCGAGUUGGGAAUCUACGUCACGAUCGUAGGGGACAAGACUAGUCGGGACGCGAUGGGCGGCGCCGCGACCAAUUUAUACACCCCAGCACAGGCUGUUCGCACCGUCCUUGGGAGGUUGAACGAUCACCUCCCCCGUUGGACGCGGGGUUGGACGGGGAGGAGGUACGCUUGCAUCAAGCUGAAUCCGAGUAAGGAUAAGCUCGAGAGUUAUGAGAAGUUUAUGGAGGAGGGGGGGAAGGUAAUCGUUGAUUCGGUGUGGCCUUUCGGCAAGGCGAGAGAGGCGUACGAGCGCCUGGAGAGUGCAAGGGCAAAGGGUAAAGUCGUGGUUGAAGUGUCAAAGUGA